GCGUGGAUAGGCGAGUAGAAGAGUGUAAAACUACCAACGGUUGCAAUUUCUAAAACCCUAACUCUGGGAAUUUUCCCCAUUUUCGAGCGGAGUUGCCUAUUUUCCAGCGGAAAAUGGUGAGUGCAAAUUGAAUAUUAAUCAAAAUCCUGAGAGAAAAUUCUCAGCAUGGCGCCUUCUCCUACUCCGUCCUCUUCCAAGAAGCUUCUCAUUACCGAACCGAAGCCCAAGUCAGUGCUGCCUCCGAAUUCCGCCUCCUCUUCCUCUACCACGGCGACGCCGCCGCCUGAGAAGAGGACUCGGGAUCAGCCGAAUUUAUCUGACUGCCAUUGUUGUGGCCGACGAAUUAACCACACCAACCCCAAGGAUCGACUUCAGCCCCUGGACAGUGUUUGGCGCGUCGUCCUUCUCUGCAGGAAAUGUCGGAAGAAUGUUCAUUCAGGACAGAUGUGCACCUAUUGCUUCCAGGAAACGGUAAAUUCAGGGGAUCUUUUUCGGUGCAGCGUGUGUGAGCGCAAGAUUCAUAAAGAUUGUGCAAGGGAUUACGGGAAUUGGACGCCUUGGUGUUAUUUGGGAGCAGGUUUGGAGGGGUUUAGGGUUUGUGUGGAUUGCUGGGUUCCUGAGUUGCUCAAGAAUUCAAUUAAGGGUUGUGGGAGGAGUGAGAAUAAGGGUGGGUUGAAAGAUAGGGGUGAGGGUAGAGAUUUGUUAGAGAAGGUGGUGAAAGAUGCAAAAUCUGAUAUGGAGAGGAGUGUGAAGAUGGUGGCAAAUGCAAAGGAGCAGAAGUUGAGAAGGGCCAAAGGGGCAAAGAAUGCAGUGGAUUUGGCCAAUGGUGCGUCGGAUUUGUUGGCUAAGACGGAUAGGGAUGGCUCAAAGGCUGAGAAUUCGAAUUGUAAUGCUGCAAUUGGAGUUGUUGAUGAUGCAGAACUGGCAAUUCAUUUACAUAGAGCUAUUAAUAGUUCACCAAGAAUUUUGAGGAGUAAGUCCCUGGUGAAUUCCAGUGCGUUAGAUGUUUUGCAGAUUAGGGAUUGGAAUGGUUUGUCAUAUAAGAGGUCUCGCUUAGGAAAAAAUCAUGGUGAAGGUCAGAUGCUUGGGACAUGUGCUAAUGAUGUGGAAAAUGAAAGAAUCAAUCAGCCUGGGGAGAAUGCUUCACGUGUCAAUGUUAAUAGAUUAAAUUUAGGAUUGUUACCUUAUAAGCGGGACAGGAAGAGAAAGAUAUGGUGGGAUGGUUUAUCAUAUAAGAGCUCCUGCUUAGGAAAAAAUUGCGUUGAAGGUCAGAUGCUUGGGGCAUGUGCUAAUGAUGUGGAAAAUGAAAGAAUUAAUCAGCCUGGGGAGAAUGCUUUAUGUGUCAAUGUUAAUAGUAGAUUAAAUCUAGGAUUGUUACCUUAUAAGCGGGACAGGAAGAGAAAGAUAUGGCAAUUAGAUGAUCAGAACACUGUAGACACUGAAUCUAGGUCCAGCCAGCCAGCAGAUCUAAAGUUCAACUUACUACAUUCAGAUGAUGCUGGGACUAGGGGUUUAAUGAAGUGUGGUGCUGAUAUAUUAGAGGCUUCAAUUUGUGUUAACACUGAUCGAUGUAAUUCAUGUGUAAAUGUUGGUAGAUUUGGGAAAGAGCUUGUAAGUUACAGGCGCACUAGGUUCAGACAGAAGGUAUGCGAAGUAAAUGGCUUGGGUGAUAUUUCUGGUGAAUGCAGCUCUUUGGAUGACCAUAGAAUGGCCUUUAAAGAAUCUGAGUCUUCUGGAUCAGAUGAUGCAAAGCUUAGGACAGGUAGUCUAGGCAAGAGUGACACGGCAGUGAUUUUGCCAAAUGGGACUUGCGACCUACAACGAGACCGCUAUCAUCUAAAGUAUGGAAAGAGAGGCACCAAAUCAGGCUCAAGCCUGCUUUGUUCCGGUACUUUUCUUAGUAAAAAUCAGGUCUCAGCACCUUCUUUAAGUAACUCUGAGACUGGUUAUUCUGCGAAAUGUGAUGUUGAGUUGAUUUUGCCAAAUGGGAGCAGUAAUCAGGACCCUGACCGCUAUUGUUUUAAGUACUCCAAGAGGGUAAAAGGCUCCCAAUCCGGCUCAAGUUUUGAAGUACAACUGCAUUCUGAUGCUUUUCUGAAUGAAAUUGUGGCUGCUGCUCCUGGAGUAACUACAAAUUGCUCAGCAGAAUCUAGGACUCUGUCUGAUGUUUCGUUUGACUCAUUGACUAUUGACUGUGAUCAGAUGAUGUAAAGAUCCCACCAAAGAUGGUGGCUGCAAAAUACCAUGUAUUCCUUCAGUAAACUGGCGAAAAUUGUAAAGACGGCAAGAGUAAGAAAUCAAGUAUUCUUUCCUGUUGUAUUAUGAUAAAAAAAUGUAUGCUAUUAUUGAAGUUAAAAGAGUGUUGGUUGGUGAUGGUGA